UCGUCUGGGAGUGUUUGUGUCUGGGUAAGGAGGUUCGAAUCCCGCAUCUGCGGCUCCUGGCCUCGCCCGGCCAUUAUGAAUCCGUCCGAAUAGCCGAGGUGGAGUUCGAAGAUGUCUGCGGACGUGAACAAAACCGUCCCCGGGGAUGACAGCAGAAACCCGGGGUCCGAGUCCCGGUUCUCCCGAAAGAUGUGGACCGUGUUGCUGGUCGUCACUGUCCCGCUACUUUCUUUUGGGAUCAAGCAAUAUCAAGAUUACCGGCUGCUUAAACUUCACGAAGAAGGCGCCCGAGUUCUGGGAGCUGAGGGUCUUUUUCUCUUCUCCUCCCUGGAUACAGACCAUGAUUUCUAUCUCAGCCCGGAGGAGUUUAGACCCAUCGCUGAGAAGCUAACAGGGAUUUCUCCUCCAGCAGAAGCAGAAGAGGAAGUGAUCCACGACCCGAACGGGGAGACCUUGAUAAUUGAGGCGAAAAUGCAGCCUCUGCAGCUGGACUCUAUGACGAAAAGCAAGGAUGGCUUUCUUGGGGUCUCCCACAGCUCUCUAAGUGGUCUGCGCUCGUGGCAGAGCCCAGCAGUGCCUUCUUCUUCCUACUCUGCCAGCCAGUUCAGGAUCUUCCUUCCUCCCAAGAACAAAGUAGAGGUGGGCGACACUUGGUGGCUGAUUCCCAGCGAGCUCAACAUCUUCACCGGUUACCUGCCCAACAAUCGCUAUCAUCCUCCGACGCCGAAGGGCAAAGAGGUUCUCAUCCACUCACUGCUGAGCAUGUUUCACCCCCGGCCCUUCAUCAAGUCGCGCUUCGCCCCUCAAGGCGCGGUCGCGUCCAUACGUGCCAGCAACGACUUCUACUACGACAUAGUCUUCAGAAUUCAUGCUGAAUUCCAGCUCAACGACGUUCCCGACUUCCCCUUCUGGUUCACGCCCGGACAGUUUACAGGGAACAUUGUCAUCUCUAAAGACGCCUCGCACGUGCGACAUUUUCAGCUCUUUGUCCCCAGUGACAGAUCUCUGAAUGUGGACAUGGAGUGGCUGUAUGGAGCCAGUGAGAGCAGUAACAUGGAGGUGGACAUCGGAUAUCUACCACAGCUGGAGCUGAAGUCUGCAGGUCCGUCCACACCGUCCAUCAUCACAGACGCGGAGGGCAACAUCAUUGACAGCAGGGAGAGUGGUGAACCCAUCCAGUUUGUCUUCGAGGACAUUCACUGGACCUCGGAGAUCAGUCAGCUAGAAGCAGCUCGCCGUCUGGAGGUGACACUCUACCCUUUCAAGAAGGUGUCUUAUCUCCCCUUCUCUGAAGCUUUUGAGCGAGCUGCAGCAGAGAGAAAGCUGGUGCACUCCAUUCUGCUGUGGGGGGCUUUGGAUGACCAGUCCUGCUGAGGUUCCGGGCGGACUCUCCGGGAAACUGUCCUGGAAAGUUCGCCCGUCCUUGCUCUGCUCAACCAGAGCUUCAUCAGCAGCUGGUCCCUGGUCAAAGAGCUGGAGAGCCUGCAGGCUGAUGAACAGAGUCCUGAUCUGAGUGAAAAGGCCCGUUUACACCUGGAGAAGUACAAUUUCCCUGUGGAGAUGUUGGUGGCGCUGCCCAAUGGAACAGUUGUUCAUCACAUCAAUGCAAACUUCUUCUUGGACCAGACGGCCUUGAAACCAGAGGAGGAAGGAGCUACUUUCAGCUUCUCUGCUGGGUUUGAAGACCCUUCCACUUCAACCUACAUCAACUUUCUAAAAGAAGGAAUGGAAAAGGCGAAACACUACCUGGCACAGUAGUGUGUGUGAUGGCCAGGUGUUCAUCUACUCAAAAUAACGUUCACAUCUGCUGCACUCUUCUGUUUUCUUCCUCAUUGUUACCGUAACAGCUUUCUUUCAACUUUUAUUUAUUUUGCUUUUCUAGUUUUUCCAAACACCUUUCUAUGUGCUUGAACGUAGAGGCAACUAAACAGCGAUGUGAGAAAAUGUCUUGACAAUCUUGAACCACUCUGCACCUUUACAAUGAGUCAGCAUUUAAUAAUGCCUCCACAUUCAUGAUUUGAUUUGUUAGAUAAGCUUCUUCAACAUGUGGUCAUGUGACAUCGAUUGAGACAUCGAGUUAGAUCAAGUCUGAAACAAGCGAUGGAUAAAUCAAAAUUGUUCAAUGUAAACCUGUAUUACAAUAGAAACCACUUCAGUUGGUGCAAUAUUAUCUUGGGACUUCAGGGUGUUUGGAAUGUUUGUUUACAGAACGGCAUCUCUCCAAUCAUUGCUCAGCAGUUUGUGAUGGUUUUGCGUGAAAGCCUCUUUAAGGCAGUGCAGAACUUGAUGUUGUAGCUGGGGAUGGUGGCAGAGAACCGCUGAGCUGGCGUGAAAACACGGAUCUGAAUUUUGUGUUGUAUUGUUGCCGAUGAUUGUGACUCCACCAAAAGUAUGUUUUUCUAUUAAACCAUUAAAGUG